AUGUUGAAGCUCGGCGGUGGCGGUGGCGGCGGCGGCGGCGGCGGCGGCGGCGGGCAGGACUGGGCAUGCUCAGUAGCGGGGACGGGUCUGGGAGGCGAGGAAGCCGCGUUUGAAGUCGCGCGGCUCAGGGACCCGGGGGAGGCGGGCUGUGGGGGCCCCGGCUGCGGGUGCGCGGGGAUCCGCGACUCCGCGCGCGGAGUGGGCAUGCUCCAGGCCGGCGCCGGGGGGCAGGGCGUGGAGGAGGCGGGAGCGCCGGCGGGAGGCGGGGAGGAGCGCCCGGCUCGCCAUCCCCCGGCGCUGGCUCUGCGGCUGCCGAAUCGGAAGCCGCAAGGAGGAUCCGGGGAAAUAAAGACGUCCGAGAAUGACCUCCAGCGAGGCCGCCUGAGCCGGGGCCCGCGCGCCGCCCCCCUAGCCCCAGGCAUGGGCGACCACGGCGGGCAGCCGGGGCGCUCGGCCCCGCACGCCCCCGGGCUUCCCGCCGGCGCCGGCGCCGCGGCCGUGAACGGGCUGCUGCACAACGGCUACCACCCGCCGCCCAUCCAGCCGCCGCGCCUCUGCAGCCGGGGCCCCCCGGGCGGCGGCGACGCGGCGCCCCCGCGCCUCCCGCUCCAGCCGGAGCUCCAGCCACAGCCUCCGCCCCCUCCGCACGACUCCCCGGCCAAGAAAUGCCGGCUGCGGAGGAGGAUGGACUCGGGGAGGAAGAACAGGCCGCCGUUCCCGUGGUUCGGUAUGGAUAUCGGUGGGACGCUGGUUAAAUUGGUCUACUUUGAACCGAAGGAUAUUACAGCUGAAGAGGAGCAGGAGGAAGUGGAGAACCUGAAGAGCAUCAGGAAGUAUUUGACUUCUAACACGGCUUAUGGGAAAACCGGGAUCCGCGACGUCCACCUGGAACUGAAGAACUUGACCAUGUGUGGGCGGAAGGGGAACCUGCACUUCAUCCGCUUUCCCAGCUGCGCGAUGCACAGGUUCAUCCAGAUGGGCAGCGAGAAGAACUUCUCCAGCCUGCACACGACUCUCUGUGCCACGGGAGGCGGGGCUUUCAAGUUCGAAGAGGACUUCAGAACGAUUGCUGACCUGCAGCUCCAUAAAUUGGACGAACUGGACUGUCUGAUUCAGGGCCUGCUUUACGUUGACUCUGUUGGCUUCAACGGCAAGCCGGAAUGUUACUAUUUUGAAAAUCCCACAAAUCCCGAAUUGUGUCAAAAAAAGCCGUACUGCCUGGAUAACCCGUACCCUAUGUUGCUGGUGAACAUGGGCUCAGGUGUCAGCAUCCUAGCAGUGUACUCCAAGGACAACUAUAAAAGAGUUACAGGGACCAGUCUUGGAGGUGGAACAUUCCUAGGCCUAUGUUGCUUGCUGACUGGUUGUGAGACCUUUGAAGAAGCUCUGGAAAUGGCAGCUAAAGGCGACAGCACCAAUGUUGAUAAGCUGGUGAAGGACAUUUACGGAGGAGACUAUGAACGAUUUGGCCUUCAAGGAUCUGCGGUAGCAUCAAGCUUUGGCAACAUGAUGAGUAAGGAAAAGCGAGAUUCCAUCAGCAAGGAAGACCUCGCCCGAGCCACCCUGGUCACCAUCACCAACAACAUUGGCUCCAUUGCUCGGAUGUGUGCAUUGAAUGAGAAUAUUGACAGAGUUGUUUUUGUUGGAAAUUUCCUCAGAAUCAAUAUGGUCUCCAUGAAGCUACUAGCAUAUGCCAUGGAUUUUUGGUCCAAAGGACAGCUAAAAGCUCUGUUUUUGGAACAUGAGGGUUAUUUUGGAGCUGUUGGGGCACUGUUGGAACUGUUCAAAAUGACGGAUGACCAGUAGAGACGAGCCAUAGAUGGGGCAGCCUUCUGUGAGAACAGGGAUCCAAGCUCCACUGCUGGGGAGGGUGAAGCCACUGUGGGACGGAAGCCAAGCCAUUAUGGCAGAUGAACCUGCUGGAUUUGUAAAUAAUUAAAAAUCCUUCUAGCUGAUCUUUUACUCUUGGGUUGUGAGCUUAUGAUUUAAAAUGGGGAAUACAAGAGUUUUUUCUGUAUACUGUAUUUUUAAAAAAAAACAAAAAAACAGCAUUUGUGCAGCGUGGCCAAACCUACCAAUUUUAUGCAUUGACUUUGAAAAAUUGUAUGAUGUUUAAGAAGGACCUGAAAUGUAAGUGCUGUUUAUUUUUCUUCUGGGGUUUACUGAUCAGUGUGGUAAUUUUAACUUCAUUUAGUAAUUACUCUAGGAGAUUUUACCUUGACAUAUUUUUCAUGACGUUUCAUGAUUUGCUGUUGGUUUCAAAUGAAACUACAAAUCUGGCAUGUUUUACUGUGAACACUAUUUUGUUUGUUUACCUUUUUUGGUCUUGUUUUUUUCUGUUUGAAUGUCUUACGGAAAAAGAGAAUCCUUCCCCCUGUUUCUGUCCUCAGAUGACUCCCUGUUCCCCCUCCCCCCCAAUACCGUUCUUUAAUGUAAUUGUUCAUAUUAAUCAAGGUGCUGACCAACUCAAUACAAAGUUAAGCAUCUAAAGCUCUCAAAAGUGCCCUUGAAGAGAAGACUCUGGAAAAGUGUUCAGGAAUUUAGUGAGUCUGGCAAAAGUUGAAAAUUAUAUGCAAUUUCAUCGUAUCCCUUAUGAAUAUACAGUGUUGUGUUGCAUUUAUGUUAGGUUGUAUUAAAUUAAGUUGUUCUCUGAUGAAGUGUCCUCAUCCAUGCACAGUGUAUAAAUGGCAGCAAAUCCUUGUGCUAGAUGUUGGGAUUUACAGGGGAUAGUCUUCCCAGUAGAUUAACUGUUCAUGUUGGGAGGUUUAGGAGAAGUCAUGGGUUCAGGUGUCAUGUAGUAAUAUCUGAGCUUUGUAACAAGGCAUCUUAAAUAAUAAUAAAGUUUUUUUUAUUUGAAAUAUUUUUUUUGGGGGGUACACCAAGUUCAAUCAUCUGUUUUUAUACACAUAUCCCCGUAUUCCCUCCCUUCCUUGACUCCCCCCCCCUUGAGUAUUUGAAAUAUUUUAAACUGUAUUUCAAUCCCACUUUCUAAAAUUUAAAAGAAAUUAUGAUACUGAUCUAUAAAUAUUUUUUCUGCUUGAAAGAUGUUGAGACCGACGGGUGACUUUCAAAUGAGAAUCUUGUACAGAUAAUGAAACCCAUGAGAUCUAAUGAUUUAGAGCUAAUGAAUCUUUUGAAUUGAUCAUAUUGCUGAAAGAGAUUUUUGAAGGGCAGUACAAUUGCUCCAUGAUGAAACUUUCCUUCUUUGCCUUCUGGGCCCCAUCUUUAAUUUUCACGUCUUCAAGUCUUGAAGAAGUUGAUGUUAAUGGAAGUAUUUACUUGUCUGGUUAAAAUAAAGCCUGUUUCUGU